AUGGCAUCUUCGGCCCUGCGGAGAUGUUCCCUUAGGGGAGCUGCCUCCCUCCGGUCACCCUCGGUCUCGAGGUCUUGGACCCACCUCCAGAACAGGUUUUACUCACCAUCCUCCGCCAAGCUGACAAGCUCUGAGUCGCAAUGGGAGAAGCUUGUCGAAGAGUACAAGGCAUAUCUCGGCCCCUUACCCCAGGAAUCCCCCAAGGAUCUGUUCGUGAACCCAAAGCCCGCCAAAGACGUGACCGUCAACGGGUCCCUGGAAAAGAAGCGAGUCGUCUCUUCAAAACUGGGCUUCGUCACCGUCACCCGCGACUCUGCCGGGAUCGAGGUCCCCGUCGUCUUCCAAGGAAAGGAGUUGUUGCAGAAACUGCGCCAGAUCCCUCUCUUCAGCGCCGUUUCAAUCAAGGGAGAGCUAGUGGAGAAGCCGGCUAAGGCAUCCGAUCCGGAUGCGCCUCCCCAGUAUGAGCUCGUCGCCGAAUCCGUCGACUGCCUCAGCCCCUUCCCCAAGGACAUCGCCCUGACGGAGAGCGACAACUUUGCGCCCGAGUCGCGCUUCCUGCAGCUGCGGUUCCACGCCGAGUUCAGGCACCGCCUACGGUUCAGGGAGUGGCUGCAGUCCACGUUGAGCGCCGUCGCGAGCGACCUCGAAUUCAGCGCCGUCACCACGCCCAUGCUCUUCAAAUCCACCCCUGAGGGUGCGCGCGAGUUCCUCGUGCCCACGCGCACAAAGGGGCGUGCCUACGCCCUGGUGCAGAGUCCUCAGCAGUACAAGCAGGCGCUCAUGGCUUCGGGUAUUCGCGGCUACCAGCAGUUUGCUAUCUGCUUCAGAGACGAGGAUUUGCGCGCCGAUAGACAGCCCGAGUUCAUGCAGUUUGAUCUUGAAAAGUCGUAUGCGGACGGAAAGAAGAUCACGUCUGAUAUAGAGAACAUUGUUCGAACAACGUGGCAGCGCUUCCGCGACGGCCACGUUUUAUAUCGAUACGGCGACUCCUUCAUCCCAGUGCAGACUCAGCACGCCUCUCGACCUGACAUUCAGAAACUGGAAUCACAAUCGAUUCCCGCGCUCCCAAGCGAGCCUUUCCCGCGCAUGACUUACCAGGAGUGUAUGGCUCUCUACGGAAUCGAUAAACCCGAUCUUCGUAUUCCCGGCCAGAUUGCCGAUGUUACGAGGCACCUCGACCAAAAUUUCGUCGGUAUGAUCACCUACCUCAAGGAGCCGAUCGUGGAAGCCUGGAAGUUUCACUUGGGGUCUUCCGUUCGCGAAGCACGAGGUUUUGUAAACGAGUUUAUGAACGGCCUCAAUGCCCAGUUCCGAGACCACCCAGAUGGGACGCCCCAGGUGCUCAUCUUCGAUCCCCAGAAGCCUCUGGACGGAUUCUCAUCGAUGGGGCCCGAGGGCAUAGAGCCAUUACUACCAGACUUGGGACCCGGUGACCUAGAGCCCGGUGACGUCGUCGUCUUCCAAGCGAGGAAAAAGGGGCCAUUUUAUGGUGGCUCUACCAACCUCGGCGAAGUUCGCAAGCGCAUCUUUGAUGCUGCCGAGGAAGACACGCCGGGGCAAGGCGGCACCGCCGGCUUCAACUCCACGCAUCAUCCUUUUACUGCGCCUCUGACGCCGCACGACUUUGAGCUCCUCCGUACCGACCCCUUGCAAGCCAAGGCCGAUUCCUACGACCUCGUGCUCAACGGCACAGAGGUCGGCGGCGGCAGUCGCCGUCUCCACCGCGCCGACAUACAGGAGGCCGUCAUGCGCGAUAUCCUAGGCAUGAGCGAGGAGCGCAUCGCCGACUUCGCACCCCUGCUCAGCGCCCUGCGGUGCGCGCCACCGCACGCUGGUUUCGCCUUUGGAUUUGACAGGCUCUGUGCGCUGCUGAGCGGCACUAACUCGAUUCGAGACGUCAUCGCGUUCCCCAAGAGUAUGAAGGGAGAGGACUUGUUCGCGAGGAGCCCUGGUGAGAUGACGGAGGAGCAACUGGCGACGUAUCACUUGAAGUUGAGGGACUAA